AUGAAUCGAGGCAACGCCUUUGCAAAGAGACCCAGGGUUGGUGCUAAAACAUCAGAGAAGAGAAGCAAGGACUUUGAUGAUAUUGCCAAAUACUUCUCUAAGAAAGAGUGGGAAAAGAUGAAAUACUCGGAGAAAAUCAGCUGUGUGCAUAUGAAGAGAAAGCAUGAGGCCAUGACUAAACUAGGUUUCAAGGUCACCCUCCCACCUUUCAUGCGUAAUAAACAGGCCACAGACUUCCAGGGGAAUGAUUCUGAUAAUGACCGUAACCGCGGGGAUCAGGUUGAACGUCCUCAGACGACUUCCGGCAGGCUCCAGAGAAUCUUCCCAAAGAUCAUGCUCAAGAAGCCAGCAGAGGAAGGCAACGAUUCGAAGGGAGUGGCAGAAGCAUCUGGGCCACAGAACGAUGGGAAACGGCCAUGCCCCCCGGGAAAACCAAGUACCUCUGAGAAGAUUAACAAGAGAUCUGGACCCAAAAGGGGGAAACAUGCCUGGACCCACAGACUGCAUGAGAGAAAGCAGCUGGUGAUUUAUGAAGAGAUCAGCGACCCUGAGGAAGAUGAAGAGUAACUCCCGUCGGUGAUAUGACACAUGCCCACAAUGAGAAGCAGAACGUGGUGACCUUUCACGAACAUGGGCAUGGUUGUGGACUCCUCGUCAUCAGGUGUAUAGUCCAGUAAAAACCUGCUCUUGGUGCCUCAUUCAACUCCAACAUGACAAAAAUCUCCAGGCCUACAGAGAGUCCCUGAUUGCUGUUUUCCAGAAAUAGACUGGAAAGGAUGGUUACAAUAGCAUGCGCUCCAAGAUGGAGUUCCCAAACUUCAUGAAUAGAGAACUGGAUGCCUUCACAAAGAACCAGAGGGCCCCAGUGUCCUUGAUCACAUGAUGAAGAAACUGGACCUCGCUAGUGAUGGGCAGUUAGAUUUCCAAGAAUUUCUGCAUCUGAUAGAUGGCAUGACUGUGGCUUACCAUGACUCUUUUCUCAAGGCUGCCCAUUGCAAGAAGCAGAUCUGAGGAUCCCUUGGGCCUGGUUUCCAAAGUCACCACAUUUCCUCCAGCCUCGCCAUCACCAGCUCCUCACAGCCCACACUCCUGGGCCCAGCACAUCCACCACCUCAUGCAGGCCCUGCCUGCAGGUAGUAAUAAGACCAUUCCCUCUUGCCUGCAGCUCCCCACUCCCUCUGACUGCUGUGCCUCCUCCCACUCCCCUCCCCUGCCCUCCCCUGCCCUCCCCUCUCCACCCCUCCUUUCCUCUCUUCUAUUCUCUCAAGCACACCUACCACCUCAUGCAGGUAGUAAUAAAAUCAUACUUCUUUUCUCGUCCAUCUGUCUUUCUUUCUUUCUUUCUUUCUUUCUUUCUUUCUUUC